UAAGUAUCGUGUGUGGACGCAGAGCAGAAGAAUGUUUUUUGGAACUCACUGGGCAGAUUAAGGUGCCCUGUCAAGAUGAGAAUCAUUGUAUGACAUGCGUCCAUCUGUCAUCAUCCAAGACAGAGGUGUGAGACCAUGUCUUUACCAUGCAUGUAAAACAUGACCAACAAGGCCCCCUGGGAUAGCUCAAGCAGUCUGGGCAGUAUGGAGCCAACAGGCUCCAGCUCUGCUCCCACAGUGUCGGAGUCAGACCUGUACCGCAGCCUCCAGACUGUUCUGCCCAAAGGCAUGGACAGCCAGCAGCCCUUGACCUGCCUCAACCAAGGCAUGUUAAGAUGGACACUUCAUAAGAAAGUUCAGAAUAACCCAGCCAACAGCUUGGCUCUGGUGAAGGUGGUCAUCAAGGAGCUGGAGAAGGCUGAAAGACUGGAUUGUCGCAACUACAUCAUCCCUCUGCUGCAUACACUUAUGUAUGUUGUCAUACAGGCGACGUACAUUCCAGAUGAACUGUACAAACGUGUCUAUGACCUCUGUAAGAGGCUGCUGACUUUUCCCGAACCCUACUGCAGUGUCGGCCUCACCUACACCAGACAGAUGAAGAGCGAGCGCUGCAUUCCAGGGCUUAUGUAUCAGAGAAUGGUUGUAGCUGAACAGAGCCUGAAGAACUACCACUACCCUUUCCAGGAGAGAGUUUUUGUGCUGGCUGACCCAGAGGUUUUCUCUGGGUCCUUGGGAGAGGUCCUGCGUGAUGCUAUUGAAGUAUCAGCGUCGGAUGUGUUUGUCAGCCAAUUAGAUCACAUGUGCAGUGUGGUUCAACACUCCAUUCAGGCUGCUCUAGGACAAGAUGGUUGCCAUGGACCAACACUGGCUCAGGCCCUUAAGGACAUAGGUCAAGACAUCGAACCGUACUUUCGGGAAGUGAUGGCGACUCUGGAGCAGAGUGCGGAGGAGGAUAGGACAGGGGAUCACAGGACCCGGCUUCAGCGACUGUAUGGAGAGAUCCUCACUGCCACAGGCUCAGACCCAUUGUCUUGUGGAUCGCUGUGUGACAGCCCUCUUCCCAAACCAGAGAUGAGCUUCCACCUGUGGAUGGAGGAUGAGGACAUCUGGAAAGAGCUCACAAGGUGCGUGCGUUCCAACUCCAUGUCGGAGCAACUCUGCUUUGGCCAGGACCAGGAAGACUUUGAGCUGUGUGACCUGCCCAGUGUCCUGACGUCCUCUGAGAUGCCACGCCACUCCGUUAUGUCCAAUGACAGCGGCAUUGAACGCGACCUGCCCUGCGGCACCGAGCCUUCAUCAGCAUCCCUUCUGGAAUCACUCCACAUUGGAUCCUCAGGGGAGCACAGUGAAAGCAACCAAGACUCGUUGAGGCUAACUCGGCGGGGGGGCUUCAAGAUGAAACCCAGUGUGAAGGAAAGUGUGGCUCUAAUCCAGGAGACCCUAGAGGACCACAGCAGUCAUGGAGGAGGAGGCGGUGCAGGAAGAGGAGUGGGAUCUGGGGGGACUCUGCAGAGAAGGGCAGGGAGCAGCGGGAUGCAGACCCCCUUCUCCAAGCAACAGAGACAAUUCACAGCCAGGAUAGUGGUCGUAGGAGACGACAGGGCACUGGGACGCCUUGCUAAGGCGUACUACCUCCUCAGAAAAAGGGAAGCCCGGCGACUUUUUCUGACAAUGAAAGUCAACCUCCAGUUUUAUUACAUCCCUGUAAGCAUGGAUCUGACUCCGACCUCACCCAUGAAAGAGAACUGUCAAUCAUCCAAGGAGAAUCUCUGUGCUCUGGGUUCCUACUUGGGUAUGGUGGACCCAUGGUACGAGUGUAACAUCAAGAGCUUGGGCUCCAUGAUUCCCAAACUGGCUAAAAUGACAAACACAUGUGGACAAAAGGAUCCUUUCCUCACCGAUGUCAUUUCCUACUAUGUACGCACUGGACAACAGCCUGUCUACUUCACCAUCUACUCUGCAAAGAUUUCCUUCUCCAGCCUAUCAAAGGAGCCAGUGGAGGAAGUGUUUCUUUCUUAUCUAAACAUCGAGUUUCCCGACCUCAAGCAGAUCUUACCUUCCGUCAGAGACAAGCAGAAAAAGAACUCGGGUGAGCUGUGUGGAGCUGUGGUUUCUAUGAACUACAGAAAGGUGACAUUAAGUGGUCGAGAUGUUGACAAGGGACUCUCGGUUUGGACAUCAGGUGUUCAGAUCAACGCUUUUUCCAGCAGUAAAACAGAAGAUCUGAACUGUUUGACCGUGAUUUUGAAUGAAUCUCAAACAAAAGCGAAAAAUAACAUGGAGCCAAAGAUUCGAACAUGCACCAUAAAGAUUCGCACGUUGGAGAGCAAAUCUUUCACUGUCACACUGGACAGAGACUCUCGCAGGUGCUUCCACAAUGUCCAGAGCAUCGAGGUCACACCCUGCCUAGAUCCCAGGUACCAUGUCCAGAAAACCAUCGGAUCCAAAUUCAAAUCAGGAGAAGACAAGGAUGCUGGACUGAGCAAAUACUUGAACAAAGGACUUCCUUUACCGAUUAACACAUUCGCUGGUAUAAUUAACUGAACGCGACUCAUACUGGUAGAAGGACUGUGUUAAGAGGCCUGAGGAUAAGGACCCUUGUCUGGCCAUAUCACGAGAGAAACAAUGGUUUGGACUCCUCGACAGCUGUCCAGCCUCAAAUGUGAAAAGCCAAAACCUCACCCUGAGGUCAUAAGGAGCUACUUUUGUUGUAACCUGCAAUUUUUGGACCUAAGCCUGGAGUUUGACAGCUCCUGUUGGCAUAUGCACUCCUAUGGCAUGUCUCAGCCCUGUUUGUCAGUGUUGACGGGAAUGUCUAACCACAGGUAUAGAAAAAGAACCAUGAAUCAACAUUAUCUCAAGGACAUUAAAGCUAAAUGUAGGAAAAAAAACAGCUCAUUUGUUUUGUGAAGUAGUCACUGAUAAGCUGUGUGGGCUGCAUUUACUGUAAGCACAAUUUUUGGCUGUUGACAUGUGUCCUCAUCAUGAGUUGCUCAUAUGGCAUACUCAGAGAUUUCUGGAGAUUGAGUCAGCAGUAACAGUUACCAAAGAUCAAUAUUGAUGCUGACACCGGAGAGAUUGACAGUAGCAGGCAAAAUAUUGCACCUGCCUGUGUAACCGCCCAUAUGCAUUAAACCUUUAAGAUCAGUCUGCUGGCAUGGGAUCACUGACAUCAUUGCAUGACCAUAUGGUUUUAGAGGAAGUCUGACUGUAGAUCCUCAGUGUUCAAAAAUACUUUAUGCAGACAGACCAAGAUAGCAAGAGUCCUAUUCUAAUGAACUGCAAUGAUAUUAUGUAGAUGGGCUGUGCAGAAAGAGGAUUAGGGUAGAUUUAGAGGUUUGACUAGUCAGAAGGACUGUCCAUCUAUCAGUCUGUCUGUCUCUUGCCUGCGCUCUCACUCACUCACACACUGACACACACAAACACACACAAAAAUACACAUUUUCACACAUACAUGUACAUUUGACUAAUAAGAAAUCUGGACUGGUACGGUAAGAAUAAUGUGCCUUCUUUGUUCAUCUGCUAUCUUUUACUGAAUGGGACUUCUUAAAAAAACUUGUUCCAGCAUCCGGGUAGCGUAGCAGUCUAUUCUGUUGCCUACCAACACGGGGCUCGCCAGUUCGAAUCCCUGUGUUACCUCCGGCUUGGUCAGGCGUUCCUACAGACAUAAUUGACCAUGUCUGCAGGAGGGAAGCCAGAUGUGGGUAUGUAUCCUGGUCGCUGCACUAGCACCUCUGGUCGGUUGGGGUGCCUGUUCGGGGGGGGGACUGGG